UCAUCACCAGCAGCAAUCCACGGAUGCCAGCCUCGCCUGGGCGUAUAAAUUGGCGAGCUCGACACGGCAGCAGCGGCAGCGGCAAAGUGUAGUGUGUAGCGGAGCGAUCGCGAGCAGUCGGUGUGCCGUGAGCGUGCGUGUACAUGGCGGCGUCGCUGGGGCUACUCGGCCACGAGGCGAGCUGCUACGCCGCAGCCUCCUACCCGCCGCCCGCGGCCUCCUCGUACUGCUUCCCUCCCGAGCUCGUGGCGGACAGCGGUGCCGUGACGAUGGAGUUCCCGCCGGCCGCCGCCAUCUCUGACUACUUCUUCCUCCCGGAGAUCAUGGGCGCUCGCGCAACCGACUACUACGCCUCGCCGCCGGCGCCGGUGUUCGCCAGCGGCGGCGGCACCAGCGGCGGCGGCGCCGCCGCGGAGAAUGAGAUGGUGAACGUGAGCUACGUGGACGAUGACGGGAGGAGGAUGGUGAUGAGCGGAUCGGGUGGGAAUAAUGGCGGCGGGCGGCCGUCGCCGCGGAUCGGGUUCCGGACGAGGUCGGAGGUGGACGUGCUGGACGACGGCUUCAAGUGGCGCAAGUACGGCAAGAAGGCGGUCAAGAGCAGCCCCAACCCGAGGAACUACUACCGGUGCUCGGCGGAGGGGUGCGGCGUGAAGAAGCGCGUGGAGCGGGACCGCGACGACCCGCGCUACGUCGUCACCACCUACGACGGCGUCCACAACCACGCCGCGCCAGGGUCCGGCGGUGCAUGCCUCGCCCCGCCGCGCGGGGCCCAGACCCAGAGCAUGCCGUGCUCGACGCCCCUGGUGGCGGCGCCGUGGAGCGCGCCCGGCGGCGCUCCCUGUGACGCGUGGGGGAUGCACACGCAGCUGAUGCAUGCCGCGACGGCGGCUCACUCGUUUUCGGAAUCGUCGUACUGAUCGGUCGCUUGUUCUUACUACGGGCCACCAUGUAAAAUGUUCAGAAACGUGGAGAUCGAGACGAGAUCGAUCCCUGCUUUUUUGGGUUUGUACCAUAUUACCGUUAUAGUUACACAUACACACACUGAAUCGGUUUCGCUUGACUAUUCCCUUAGACUGGACAUUACUGGCUCUUGUGUCAUUGUGUGUAGUCACGAUGUUUAAUCUUACUCACUCCAUUUUUAAAUAUACGAUUGUUUAGGACAAGCUAAUUAGUUCAUUUUAAAAUUAAUUUGGUUA